CGGCCCCGCCUCCGCCCCCGCCCGCGCCUCGGGCGCACUUCUGGUCGCUGGGCGGCCGCGCUGGCUGGAGUCUCCGAGUUCCGCCGUCUGCCAGCCGGGGCAGCGCUCCCUCUUCGCUUCCCCUGAGGCCCUUCCCCCAAGAGCCGCGGUCGGGCAGCGCCUGGCCGGCGGCCCGCGGGCGGGCCGCCCCUCCCCGCUGUAGCCCACCCGCCUCUUAAAGCGGCGGCGGGAAGAUGAGGUUUCGGGAGCCGCUCCUGGGCGGCAGCGCCGCGAUGCCGGGCGCGUCCCUGCAGCGGGCCUGUCGCCUGCUCGUGGCCGUCUGCGCGCUGCAUCUCGGCGGCACCCUCGUCUACUACCUGGCCGGCCGCGACUUGAGCCGCCUGCCUCAGCUGGUCGGAGUUCCUACACCGCUGCAGGGCGGCUCGAACGGUGCCGCGGCGAUCGAGCAGCCCAACGGGGAGCUCCGACCCGGAGGGGCCCCGCCGUUGCCGCCUUCGGACGCUUCCUCCGAGCUGCGCUCGGGUCGCGGCUCCAGCCCAAGCACGGACUCUCAUCCCGGCCCCGGCUCCGCGAGCAACUUGACUUCGGCCCCGGUGUCCUUCACCUCAGCGCUCUCGCUGCUCGCAUGCCCUGAGGAGUCCCCACUGCUCGUCGGCCCCAUGGUGAUCGAGUUUAACAUGCCUGUGGACCUGAAGCUUGUGGAGAAACAGAACCCAGAGGUGAAGGUGGGCGGCCGCUAUACCCCCAAGAACUGCAUCUCUCCCCACAAGGUGGCCAUCGUUAUUCCGUUCCGUAACCGGCAGGAACACCUCAAGUACUGGCUGUAUUACUUGCACCCUAUCCUACAGCGUCAGCAGUUAGACUACGGCAUCUAUGUUAUCAACCAGGCUGGAGAAACCAUGUUCAACCGUGCUAAGCUCCUCAACAUUGGCUUUCAAGAGGCCCUGAAGGAUUAUGACUACAACUGCUUUGUGUUUAGUGAUGUGGACCUCAUUCCAAUGAACGACCGCAAUGCCUACAGGUGUUUCCCACAGCCACGGCACAUUUCUGUAGCCAUGGAUAAGUUUGGAUUUAGCCUACCUUAUGUUCAGUAUUUUGGAGGUGUCUCUGCUCUAAGUAAACAACAGUUUCUCACCAUCAAUGGAUUUCCUAAUAACUAUUGGGGCUGGGGAGGUGAAGAUGAUGACAUUUUUAACAGAUUAGUUUUUCGAGGUAUGUCUGUAUCUCGCCCCAAUGCUGUGGUUGGCAAAUGUCGGAUGAUCCGCCACUCAAGAGACAAGAAAAAUGAGCCCAAUCCUCAGAGGUUUGACCGAAUUGCACAUACAAAGGAGACUAUGCUUUCAGAUGGUUUGAACACACUCACUUACAAGGUGUUGGACAUAGAGAGAAAUCCGUUGUAUACCAAAAUCACAGUGGACAUCGGGACACCAAGCUAGCAUUUCGGUACACUAAUAAGAGACCUGAAAAUGGCCAGGGACCUUUGCUGUGCGUCUCUGCCAAUCUGCUGGGCUGGUCCCUUUCAUUCUUAACAAUCAGAAUGAUAGGCCCCCUUCAUUCAUCAUUCAGAUGCCUUUCCAGAUGACCAGGACGAGUGGGAUAUUUUGCCCCCAACUUGGCUCAGCAUGUGACUUCUUAGCUCUACAAGGUGUUUGUAAAUGUAGAAAACAUCAGCCUUUGGGGGAUUCUUGGUAUGUUCACAGUGUCACCCCAAAGAAUCAGUACGCAGCCCGAAAUUUGGUGACUGUGGGACUCAUUCCCAGUGAUAUAAACUGCUAAUUUGUUGUGAAGUAGGUAAGAAUUUCGCUUUAAAUUGUGGUAUUCUUAUUACUUUUUGAAAAAUCGGAGAGUGCUGCUGAAAUCGGAUUGGUGUGAUGUUUUUUGUUUGCAUAUUUUAACAGAAAAACACAAUCUCAACCAUUCUCCUUUUACCCUGUCCCCCACCUUCUUUUAGUGGUAUGCAACUACUACAAUCACUUGUGUGUGUCUGGGUCUAUGUGUGUGUGUGUGUGUGUGUGUCUGUCUUUUCUUAGCAAGGAGAUUUUUAAAACUUGAGCCUCGGACCUUUUGCCCUGCUAAUGUGUGAAUUCCAAGGCAACAUUAGUCACCAGAGCAAAAGCCUUGGGUGUUCUCACAUUCAGUGGCCUUUCUCCAGAUUUUCUGAUUUCUGAAUGUAAAGACUUUAAAAAAAAAAAAAAAAAAAAAAAAGCAGUUUGUAGUAUUUUAAAGAACAAAUCGGGUUCUAAUUAUGAUCUAGCUUGAUUUUGUGUUGAUCCAGAUUUGCAUAGCUAUUUAGUGUUAAAUAAGGCAAUUUAUUUUUCUGAGCAUGCUAUAUAAACUUGAAUUUCCUAUGUAUUUUUAUUGUGGUGUUUUAAAUGUAGGGAAGGGAUUGAGCAUUUUUUAGGGGGGAAAAAUAGUGUAUGCUGUACUGGCCAUGAAUGGACCUCUGAUUUAGUCGGCAGGCCAGGUUUUGUGAAGAGCAGAAUCACCCUUGGGCCCAUUGAGUGUAAAGCCUCCCUGGUCAAGUUAUCUUGCUAGACCUCUGAGGGAGGCAAAAAGCCUAGGCCUGCUAGGCAGAGCUCCCCACCUCCCUCCCCUCCCCAGGUGGGAGGGAACCUCCACCCCUCUUCCAGCCUGCCCUGGGACCUUCCCAUAGGGCCCUAUGCUGUGGAGGUGUAAAUGACAGCAAUCAGCAAUCCGGUUGUUGUUUACUGACCUUUACUGACCCGGAAUCUGGGGAGGAGGAGGAAAUCACUGUUCUGGCCCCUGUGGAGUGUGGGGGCCGCUUCCUUCUCCGUGCUGGCCACACUGCCUGGCCUACCUUUCCGGGACCUGUUCUCCUUCCUCCGCCUUCCUCCUCUCUGUUGCCUCUCUCCUUCCUUCCUCCCCGUUUUUGUUCCUUUGCCUCUUGCCUGUUCCCUAAAACUUGCCUGUGGCACUCAGGGUCAAACAGACUAUUCAUUCUCCAGCAUGAAUGUGCCUUCUAAUUAGAGAUCUAGAAAGAAGUUGAGCUGCACCCUCCCACACUCCCCCACAACUACUCUGGUGCCUAAAGCCUCCCAUCCCCCUCAGGUUUUUAGCAGGUGCUCCCACUCCAGGGAGGCUGAUCCCCAGGGGUGUUGUCUCCAAACCCAUCUCUGCUGGGAGAGGUUUAGGCUCCCUGGGACGAGCUGCACAAGGCAGUUGCAGUGGGCGCCCCUGCUGGGUCCAGCCUGGCUGGGCUGAGCACCGAAGAUUCAGCUGUUUAAUCCCAGGGUUGACCCCUCAGCUGGUGGUAGCCUGGAGCCCCACCCCUGUCUUCUUGGGAACCAGCCCUUAGUGUGGAGGCUGAGCUGGUGCCCAGCCCCAGACUUACCUGUGCCUUUAUUGCUUUGAGCAUCUUGGAUGCUAACAUGGUUCUUUUCCCAGAAGCCUUCUUUAUUGGUUAAAAAUUAUUUUCCACUGCAAAGCAGCAGGGCCAUGUAGAGAGUAUUCUUUCUUUCAGUUCUCCGUUCCUUAACAGCGAUGUCAGUGGACCAAGAAUGACCGCACUGAGAGGAAGUUUCGGGAAAUGCGAAAAAUGAAGGCCUCUCUUUCUGUCCCUAGAUCCUGACUUUUCCAAAGUGCCUUAAAAGAAAAGAGACAGAUACCCUGGGUGGUAAUUUCUUUUCACUUACUUUACUCUUAAAGAAAAUUCUGACGUUGUUUGUUUGUUUUCCUGUUACAUUUUCCUUUAUGUUCCAUUGGAAUAGUCAAGUAUGUGGUUCGUUCUCAGAACCAAGGGAAAUCCUGCUUCACUUGUUCCCCAUUUGCUGACCUUCUGGUGCUCUCACGGGGCCCACUUGGGCCCAAGGUUAGGUCCGGAUGCUUGCCUGGUUCCUAAGAUGCUGCAGGUCCUGUUUCCUCCCUGAGAAGUUCAGGGCCGAGGGUUCAGGGAGUAUUUCCUUCCCCAGAAGCUGUCGCCGUGAAGUUGUGUGCUGCAUCUUUCUCUGUUUCUCUCCAUCCCAUUGCUGGUGACCCUGUCAAGUGGCCUUUGGGAAAGAUGAGAGGGCAGGGUGGUAUAAGAGGGUAAAGGAAAUGCUGGUACUGGCUCUGGGUCUGGGCAGGGGCUCUGCUGACCUCACAGCUGGGCAUGGGCUGCCCGACUCGGCCAGGUUGGCAGCUUUCCUAUGGGUGAGACCUGUUGUGUAUUUCAAUUUCCCAUGUAUGCAAAUGUAUGGAUUUACCAUUGUAAGUGGGCUGGGGUGGGGGGAAGGUGUGUUUCUGACCUUGGUUUUCAAAACAACUGUAUUUUUGUCUUUAAAAUCCAGUAAUAUAACGUGAAUAAAUGACCUUAUCUUUGUAA